CUGUCUGAAGAAACGGAAAAAUUCUGACAUCCGACGGUAGAAGACUCGAAGGUUUUGCGUAAUUUCUGGCACAUGAGGGUUUUUUUUAAAGUUACAGAAAGCAUCAAGGGGUUUAAAUAAUCCCAUAAAAAUAAUACCUAAAAUGAUUUUCUUAUCAAUUUUGUAUUAUUUUUUUCUUCCUCUAGUUUAGAGAGACUUUUUAUUUAGCCCUUCACCUUUUGAUGAUUUAUCCGUUGGUCGGCCAGAGCUCGGUAUAUAUUAUCCUCAAAAUUUGCGAAUCUCUAAUCGGUGAUCAUCUUAAUUAAACCCCGCAAACUCUCAUCUUUAUUUACCUAAAAUUAGCUUCACAAACGUUCUUCUUUUCAAUCCUUUGAUCCAUAAAGCUGCAGAAAAAAAUUCCAAUUUUUAAGCGCUAAAAAUGAUCUCUUUUAUUCCAAAACAAUAAAAAUAUGAACUUCAAUCGAACACCAAUCUCGAAAUCUUCAUAAGGUAAGCAGAUCUCUGUCCUUUUUUGAUUUUAUCAACUGGGUAUUUAAGAUUAUGAGUGAUGAAUUGAAAAGAUGAGUUUUUUUCCUGAUGAAGUUUUACAACAAAUUCUUGCAAGAUUGCCACUUAAGUCCCUUUUUAGGACAAAAACAGUGUGCAAAAUUUGGUAUCGAUUAACUUCUGACAAGUAUUUUGUUCAACUGUACAAUGAAGUGUCUUCUAAGCAUCCAAUGUUAUUAGUUGAGAUUUCAGAUUCAACAGAAUCAAAAUCUAGUCUUAUAUGUGUGGAUAAUUUGAGGGGUGUAUCUGAAGUUUCCUUAGAUUUUUUACAUGAUAGAAUUAAGGUCAGAGCUUCAUGUAAUGGAUUGCUGUGUUGCUCUAGUGUCCCCGAUAAGGGUGUUUAUUAUGUAUGCAACCCUAUGACUAGAGAGUGGAAGUUGCUCCCUAAGAGUAGAGAGAGGCCUGUGACUCGCUUUCAUCCAGAUGGUGAGGCCACUUUGAUUGGUUUAGCUUGUGAUCUAACAAUGAAUAAGUUUAGUGUUGUGUUAGCCGGUUAUCAUCGCACAUUUGGUCACAGGCCUGAUGGGACUUUCAUUUGUUUGAUUUAUGAUUCUGAAUCAAAUAAAUGGAGGAAGUUUGUUUCGUUUCAAGAUCAUCAAUUCAGUCACAUGAAUAGAAAUCAAGUUGUGUUUGUGAAUGGUGCUCUUCAUUGGUUGACUGGUAGUUCUUCUUGUAUACUUGCGCUUGAUUUGGAUUGUGACACUUGGAGGAAGAUUAAAUUGCCGGAUGUGGUUUUUUAUGGGUCUGGAAAUAGAGUAUACUUGUUGGAAUUAGAUGGGUGCUUGUCUGUGAUUCAAAUUUCUGAUGUGUGGAUGAAAACUUGGGUGUUGAAGGAUUACUACAGAGAAGAAUGGCAUACAGUGGAUAGGGUGAGUCUUAGAUGUAUAAGGGAAAUGGUUCCAAGCAUUUUUCCAAUAAGUCAAACAAAUGAAUAUGUCUUCUUAGCGUCUCAUAAGCAGGUGUUGGUGUAUCAUCGAAAGAGUAGAUUGUGGAAAGAGAUGUAUUCUGUGAAGAAUAGCUCAACACUUCCAUUGUGGUUUUCGGCACAUGCAUUUCGAAGUACCAUUUCCUCUUUGUAAUGAAGAAUAAGUUGAAAUGAAAUGAAGUUGCUGUUGUACAUAUCAAGCUUUGUAUUUUUAUGCGAUAUGACCUUGGCCAAUAAUAUCUUCUUUGUCGAUAACUAGUGCGUCGAGUUUGUUAUCAGAUUCAAAUUUUAGUGCUCUGGAGUUGGUUGUUGUCACUUGCACCGCAAUAAUCUUCUUAUACGGACAACUGGUGCUUCAAGUUUGUUAUCAAAUUCAAAUUUUAGUGCUCUGGAGUUGGUCAUUCUUACUCAGCUGCAAUAGUCAAAGCAAUUGAGCUUGGUAAUGAUAUGUAUUGCAUACAAUUCAUUUAAUCUUGAUUUGUAUAGUAUGAUAAAAAUUUUAGUCCUGGUAAGAAGUCUUUCAUUUUGCAAAAAUUUUUUAAUUGUAAUUAUUGACUAUGUAAAUCUGCUGGAAAUUAAGUUAUGAAUAAACCCUUUUUCCAUUUCUUCAAGAAAAGGUAAUCAUCUUUUGGUAAUAUGUUCAUUACUAUAUCAAAGCUAAUAUCAGUUCAUGAUUAUGAUUACAGUUUAUCAUUAUUGCUCUUCUAAGAAAUUUGUCAGAUUGUUCACGUGUUUUGAAUGAAGAAUUUUUAUUAUUCAGUAACCUUAGAGCAUAACAUGAAAGGGCAAGGUAUUGCUUAGUGUGCUGCUUUGAGGAGGCGCACAAAGCAGAAAAAUUCUAACAUAAUAUAACAAUAAAAUAACCCACCAAAAGAAAAUGAAAAACAACUGCAAUCUUUUAUAAAAAUUAUGAGGAAGAACAAUAGAUUGUUUAGAAUGCAAUUAGAGAUCAAUUAUCUAGAGAAUAAUACCACCAUAGAGGAGCAGUUAACUAUAUAGGUGACCAAUUAUCCAAUCUGAAAUGCUCCAAUUGUUGAUCUGAGAACCAGGUCGAUGCUCCAUUGUGGAAAGAGAUGUAUUCUGUGGAGAACAGCUCAACACUCCUGUUGUGGUUCUUGGCACAUGCGUUCCGAAGUAUAAUUUCCUCUUUGUCAAUUAGGGCGUGUUCUUACAUUCUUUUAUGCAUAUACUGCUUAUUUGGAUGAUCAUCACAUUAUGUUUUGUUAUUUUACAUGUCCUCAGAAUAAGUUGAAAUGAAAUGAAGUUGCUAUUGUUCAUAUCAAGCUUGGUAUUUUUAUGCAAUAUGUCCUUGGCCAAUGAUAUCUCUUAAAUGGACAACUAGUGCGUCGAGUUUGUUAUCAGAUUCGAAUUUUAGUGCUCUGGUGUUGGCCAUUGUUACUUACACCUCAAUAAUUUUCUUAUAUGGACAACUAGUGCAUCAAGUUUGUUAUCAAAUUGAAAUUUUAGUGCUCUGGAGUUGGUCAUUCUUACUCAGCUGCAAUAAUCAAGGCAACUGAGCUUGGUAACGAUAUAUCAUACUUGUACAAGAUGUUUAUGAGUUGGAGAUCCUUUAUAUUGCAUACAAUUCAUUUAAUCUUGAUUUGUAUUGUAUGAUAAAAACUUUAGUCCAGGUAAGAAGUCUUUCAAUUCACAAAAAGCAUAUAAGUGUUGCUUCAAUUGUAAUUAUUGACUAUGUAAAUCUGCUGCAAA